GCUGUGGUAUCUGAGUCACAGGUCAGCUGACGCGUGUUCGAUCCCCUUUAGCACUCCUGCGUGGUCAUGCAACGUCCACUUCCCUGGUUCCAGCCGCCACCUAGCGUCCACUUGCAUUCACGCAGCCUUUCUCGCGUCAUCCAGGUAAACGCGAUCGAUUGGUCGAGUCUGCGCAGGUGGUGUAGGAAGUGAAGUUCAGAGGCCACAUCUGUUGGGAGUCAACAACAAAAAAAAAAACCGGGGACACCUUCCUCCUGCUCCUCUUCCUCUCUAACCCACCGGAGCUGUGUUGCGGCGAGCCGAGGACCCCUCCAUCCACCAGCUCCAUCUUUUCGGCUGCGUCCAACUUUUUCCCACCGGGGCGUUUUCGAGAAUAUCGCUGAACGUUUGCUGAACGUUUCCUGAACCGUCCGAUCGAGGCCGUAGCACGUAACCUGCCGCUCCUUUUUUUCACGCCGCUUUCGCUUUGUCCGCGCUCCCUCCAUUCAGUGCCCUCCCCACGGGUCAUGUAGAGGAGUCGUGUCGCUGUGCGGUUAAAGGCUGAGGAACAGAUCGACACAGGAGGAGGCUCUGCCGGUGAAUGCUGCACCGCGUGCCCGCGCACAGGUGCACGCGCCACCAUGUUGCUUCACGCGCUCCUGCUCCUCCAGCUGCUGUCAUGUGGGGAUCUGGCCUGCACGAGGAGGCUGCUCUCCACACACGACCACGACCAGGACCAAGAACUGUUCGUAGAUGAGGGGGACGCACACUCGUUCCUGGGUCGCCAGCUGCUGUUCAAUCGGUUCGACUUUGAGAUUUUCGUCCCCGGUAACCUGGAGAGGGAGUGUCAUGAAGAAGACUGCAACUAUGAGGAGGCCAGGGAGGUGUUUGAGAACAUCCCGGCUACAGACGCUUUUUGGAAGAAGUACAAUGACGCUAAGGACAAUCGCCCGACACGUGUGGAUGUGACGUCUCUCCUGGUGGGACUGAUUAUUGCUGGAGUGGCCAUUGUUGUCAUUGGCCUCCUGCUUUGGUAUUUCUGCCAUGGCAAAUGUAAAGAUAAUUUCAGCCAGUCAAGUUCCAUACGGGUUCGCACUGGGAGGACUAACGCUUCUCUAAUAAUGCGCCGGCUAGAGGAGGUGUCCUUAAACCCUGUGCAGCCACCUGGGCCACCACUCCCUAUGGAGGAAAUCACCCCCCCCGGAUUGCCUUCCUACGAGCAGGCAAUUGCAAAAAGUGGACAGCACGACGCCCCACCUCCUCCCUAUCCUGGGUCACGCCCUGGAAGCAUCCGGCGGUAGUACCUUCAUGAAUCGGAAGCAAUACAAUACAACUAUCUUUCACAAAUGUUUUAAUCAUCACAAGAUUUUAAAUGGUGCCUUAUGCUACUCACACAUCAUUCCAUCUUCUCUGCUUUGUUGGUGUAUCUUUUCCUUGGAAGUGUAAUGUUCUCUCUUUCUGACAUACUUCUCUUACACCUCUUCUAUUUCCUCAGCUGUGGGUUCAGUCACAUAACCUCUACCCUCUGCCGAAUGAGCUUUAUAAUACAUUUUUACUCAGUUUGCUGCUUUAUUUAUCAAAAUGAAAAUGAAGAAUCAAUACAGUGUUGGACAUGAGUGCUUUAAACUGAGGGAAUACUUUUUCUCUUAAAGGGUGGUUGUUUUCGAUACAAGAUGCUGAGUGAAAGAUUAGGGUUAUGUUUCAUUACACUAAGUAUUAAUGGUAAUCACUGAGAGAGACUGGUGUGUUGUCAUAUGGUUCCCUGUCUCUUUCUGAAGGAAAAUUAAAACAUGGUGUGAUGGUUCACUUUGCCAUGAAUGAAAAACAUCAAGAGUUUUUGAUGCACUGGUCUACCAGCUCUACUUUGUAAUUACAGCUGUAAUUACCAGAUUUUUUUUCAUGUGCUGAUUUUGUUGUUGCUUUAUUAAGUUAUAUUGUGUCUGAAAUUUAUAUAAUUAUGAGAGCGCUCUAUUAAUAUGUGACGUUUUUAAUUUCAUGAUCUGUGUUGUGGUUGGUUUUAUUAAAUGUAUUAUGAACUCUUCAGAGACGGUUUUAUAACAUUUACUCAGGACAAUUUUUACAGUUAGACCAUUAUUGCUGUGAUGACUAUGAUAGUAACACUGAGAACAGAUGUUCAGCAUGUGUGUAACAAGGCCACUCAAUUAGCUGUAGUUUGAAUGAGUCUCAUUUUAAUGACAUGAGGAUUUACCAAGGCCUCGUUGGUUCAGGCUGACCCGAAGCACUAAAAAAAAAAAUCUUUUCCAGAUGUUUUUUGUCUCAUCUGCCAACUGUGUGUGAGACUGUCAAUGUGUGUGUAAACUGAAGAGAGCUGUAGUGGCUAUUUACUCAUUUUGUAAUUUUUCAGGAUUUUCUCAUCCACAUUAGAUAAAACAUGGUUUAUUCUUCAACUGUAAAAGACAUAUGUGCAAACUGGAACGCUGAGGUUGACAUCAUCCUGGAAGUAUAAUGAGUUUACACCAAAGCAACCUUCUUAUGUCACUUUUCUUCUGUGUGUGAACAUUGACUCAUAGAGGUUUUCAUAUCAGAUUUGAACACAUCUGUAUGUAAAAUGUUUACGGUUGUCAUUAAAAAGGCUGAGGACUA